GCCAACACUGAGGGAGACCCCCGUGAUCAUCUCCGUUUACAGACGGGGAAAUGGGCCCGGUUACCUUACCCAGGGUCCCAGCCGAGUGGGCAGGACUGGGAGUCGGGCUGCACCCGCGCCUUUUGGGCAUCAGUGGGCAGGCUUAGCAGGUGCUGGUCCAGGUGGCCACUCAUACAUUCUCCCCUCCCCUCUGCUGUCUUCUACGUGUACGUACACACACGUGUUUUUUCAGCCUCUUGUGCGUCAUGUCCGCAUUAAAAUUGUGUCUUUAUUGUAGGUGUUGAAACAGAAGUCACCGGCCCCAGGAAAGCCUCUUGUUCUCUCUCAGCGGGAUUCCAAAAAGCAGCCCCAAAUGACCCGACGGGACAGAAAAGCCAAGAGAGAGGAGGCGGGGACGGAAAAGGCAGGCGGAGAGGCGGCCGUGCGCUCCCUUCCUCCAGCCUCACUGCCCAGCAAGGCCCGCGGAGCAGAGCACGGGGAGAAAGCAGCCAAGAGAAGGACAAAUGGUGACGUUUCUCCAAAACGAGGGGGUCUCACACAUCAGAAGCGGAAAGCCAAAGAGGCGCCGGCAGCCUUGGCCCCAGCCCCGCCCACCGAACGAGACAUCUGGUUCGAUGAUGUUGACCCGGUGGAUAUCGAAGCGGCCAUGGGCCCAGAGGCAGCCCGGAUAGCAAGGAAGCAGCGGGGCGAGAGGGAGAGCGGCGUGGCGCUGGUGAAGGAGCAGGCCUUCAGCGGCCUGACGAAAGCCUUAGCCAUGGACUGCGAGAUGGUGGGCGUGGGCCCCACGGGGGAGGAGAGCCUCGCCGCCCGCGUGUCCAUCGUGAACCAGUACGGGAAGUGUGUCUACGACAAGUACAUCAAGCCGACCCAGCCGGUGACGGACUACAGGACGGCGGUCAGCGGGGUCCGGCCGGAGCACCUCCAGCGGGGAGAAGCGUUUGCCGUUGUUCAGAAGGAAGUGGCCGAGAUGCUGCGGGGCCGGAUCCUCGUGGGACACUCGCUACACAACGACCUAAAGGUGCUCUUUCUUGAUCAUCCCAGGAAGAAGGUUCGGGACACACAGAAAUACAAGCCUUUCAAGCGGCAGGUGCAGAGUGGAAGGCCGUCUCUGAAGCUGCUGGCGGAGAGGAUCCUGGGCGUGCGGGUGCAGCAGGCAGAGCACUGCUCGAUUCAGGAUGCCCAGGCAGCAAUGAGACUCUACAUCACGGUGAAGAAGGAGUGGGAACGCGCAGUCCAGGACAGACGCCCCCCCGCGGCCGCCACUCCAGACCAUGGCAGGGAUGACGCGUAGCGGAGCCCACCGCCCCCAUGGCAGCGUUUGCGUCCACAGGCACUUGUGACGAAGUCACAGGACAGUCGAGUCUCCCCAGAGUGGCGACAGAGCGUGGCAGCGGGAUGGGGCACUCGUGCUGCUGAGGGCCCUCUCUGUCCUCCGAUGGGAAAAGCGUUUGUCCGGGGCACAGCCAGCAGGCGGCCAAGCCCUAGUACCAUGUCCCCACCCACGUGGCAGCCGCUCUGCUGCGUUCACCGGGUCCCAAGGCAGGAAGCAGCCAGGUGUUCACGCCUUCCUCCCAGGAGGCCCUUCCCUCCGCCGCAGCGAUGGGGAGUCUGCAGCCUCGAGGAGCCCAGACCACGGUCCGCAGCCAGCUCAGCCGCGGCCUCACCGAGGCAUUUCCUGUGGCCGCCCCGGGACUGGCGCUGGUGGCAGUGUUCCUCUCUCCCCACCCACUGCCCGCCAAGCUUAACCCCAGGGUCAGCCGCGCUGUGGCCAGGUCAGCUCAGGCUGCCCCGCGUGGUGGGCUGUUAGCACUGAAGUGCCUCCUGGGCCGGAGCUGACGUGCUCAUCUCGGGUGAUCUGACCAGGGUCUCAGAACGCGGGGAGCACCGGGUGCCUGCAGCCCAAGGCUUACCUGCGCCAACAGGUACAAAAAAGACCCAGCCCACUGAGGAUGCGAUUGGACGUGAGGCUUUACUUGAGGUGGAGCUGCGGGGGCCUGUGUCCUCGCUCACAGCGGCUGGAAGGCUUGUAUCCGGCUGAGGCCCGUACAGAGACGCGUCCAGCAGCUGCCCCUUCCCUCCCCCCU